CGAAACCACUGCUUCCGGUGCCCUGGCGCUUGCCUCCCGCCGGUGUCAGGCUCCGAGACCUGGGCCUGAGCUUUCAACUUUGGUACUUCAAGGGGCAUCUGGAUUGUGCCCGACCUGCGACCCUGCCGUUCUUUUCUUUCCAGCAUGAUCCGCUGGACCCCCAGCACAUCUCCUGGAAAAGCCCACUUAACCUGGACGAACCUUUUGGCAGCCUCAGACCGUCUUUAAGAAGGAUGACUGAGACACUAUGGGCCACGCGCUGUGUGUCUGCUCUCGGGGAACUGUCAUCAUUGACAAUAAGCGCUACCUCUUCAUCCAGAAACUGGGGGAGGGUGGGUUCAGCUAUGUGGAUCUAGUGGAGGGGUUACAUGAUGGACACUUCUACGCCUUGAAGCGAAUCCUGUGUCACGAGCAGCAGGACCGGGAGGAGGCCCAACGAGAAGCAGACAUGCAUCACCUCUUCCAUCACCCUAACAUCCUUCACCUUGUGGCUUAUUGUCUGAGGGAGCGGGGCACUAAACAUGAGGCCUGGCUGCUGCUACCCUUUUUCAAGAGAGGUACGCUGUGGAACGAGAUAGAAAGGCUGAAAGACAAAAGCAACUUCUUGACUGAAGAACAAAUCCUUCAGCUGCUGCUGGGUAUCUGCAGAGGCCUUGAGGCCAUUCAUGCCCAGGGUUAUGCCCACAGGUCAGUGGGAGGGCCCUGUGUUCUUUUGGGGGCAGAAAGGAAGAGCCCCACCAAGAGAAAUGAGAGGUCUCUGCUCUCCUCCCAAGGGGACCUGAAGCCCACCAAUAUCUUGCUUGGAGAUGGGGGGCAGCCGGUUUUAAUGGACUUGGGUUCCAUGAAUCAAGCAUGCAUCCAUGUGGAAAAUUCCCGCCAGGCUCUGGCCCUGCAGGACUGGGCAGCCCAGCGGUGCACCAUCUCCUACCGGGCGCCAGAGCUCUUCUCCGUGCAGAGCCACUGUGUCAUCGAUGAGCGGACUGAUGUCUGGUCCCUAGGCUGUGUGCUGUAUGCCAUGAUGUUUGGGGAAGGCCCUUAUGACAUGGUGUUCCAGAAAGGUGACAGUGUGGCCCUCGCUGUACAGAACCAACUCAGCAUCCCGCAAAGCCCCAGGCAUUCUUCAGCGAUGCGGCAGCUGCUGGCCUCAAUGAUGACUGUGGACCCCCAGCAGCGACCUCACAUUCCUCUUAUCCUCAGUCAGUUAGAGGCUCUGCAACCCCCAGCUCCAGGCCAGCACACUACCCAAAUCUGAGCAAACCAGUGGCCACAUUGAGAAGGUGGCCCCCUGUGCCUUUGAAAGAGGCCCUCAUCCCUUACUAGAAUCUCUCUCCUUUUAUCAAGGCCUGCUCUCUUGUAGUUGGGGGUGGGGCAGGGGAUGGGGAGACUCAGCCCAGUCUUCUGUCUCUGCUCUCUUAUCCUUAAGAACUGGAUAGGGAGUCUGAGUUGGAGCAGGUGAGGGUGGGGGAUGGGGAAAGGGAAACUGAUAGAAUCUAAUAAAGGCCAUGGGCAGGACUGCUGAGCUUACAUCAUGGUCUGCCUCCAAAUCUGGGAGCAGGAGAAUGUAUAAAUAGAAGAAAUAAAGUGAAAGCAGCUUGGUAUGGA